AUGGAACCAUUCGUUGUUAAGGAGAACAGUCUCGUAUCUGCUUCGUCUCCGUUGAAGAAACGACGGAUCGAUCAUACUCAGGCUAAGGCUGAUGGUUCUGCGGUUUUAGACUCAAACUCCAACAUCGACGGUGCUGGUGGUGACGAGACGCGGAUGAACAUGGAUGCGCUUGGUGAUAACUCGAAUAAUCAUGAGAUCGAUGAAGAUCUUCAUAGUAGACAGCUCGCGGUUUAUGGUCGUGAGACUAUGAGGAGGCUUUUCGCUUCUAACGUUCUCCUUUCUGGGAUGCAGGGACUUGGUGUUGAGAUCGCCAAGAAUAUUAUUCUUGCUGGUGUGAAGUCAGUGACCCUUCACGAUGAAAAUGUGGUUGAGCUAUGGGACUUGUCUAGUAACUUUGUUUUCACAGAGGAGGAUGUUGGUAAGAAUAGGGCACUUGCUUCUGUUCAGAAGUUGCAAGAACUCAACAAUGCCGUGGCUGUCUCAGCUUUGACUGAGAAGUUAACCAAAGAGCAGCUUUCUGGUUUCCAGGCCGUGGUAUUUGUGGAUAUCUCUUUUGAGAAAGCGAUAGAGUUUGAUGAUUAUUGUCAUAGUCAUCAGCCUCCUAUUGCAUUCAUCAAGGCUGACGUUAGGGGCCUGUUUGGGUCUUUGUUUUGUGAUUUUGGACCUCAGUUUACUAUUCUUGAUGUUGAUGGGGAGGAACCACACUCUGGCAUCAUUGCUUCUGUUAGUCAUGAAAAUCCUGCAUUUGUUUCGUGUGUUGAUGAUGAGAGGCUCGAGUUUGAGGAUGGAGAUCUUGUAGUUUUUUCUGAAGUUGAGGGGAUGAAAGAGUUAAAUGAUGGAAAACCAAGGAAGAUAAAAAAUGUGAAGCCUUAUUCAUUUGUCCUUGAGGAAGACACCACUAGCUAUGGGGCAUAUAUGAAGGGUGGGAUUGUCACUCAGGUGAAACAACCAAAGGUGCUGAAUUUUAAACCACUCAGAGAAGCAAUUAAAGAUCCAGGCGACUUUCUUCUAAGUGACUUUUCAAAGUUUGACCGGCCACCUCUUCUCCACUUAGCGUUCCAGGCACUUGAUAGGUUUUCGUCUCAAGCAGGCCGGUUUCCGGUUGCUGGUUCAGAAGAAGAUGCUCAGAAACUAGUGGAAAUUGCAACUGACAUUAAUGAGAGUUUGGGUGAUGCAAGGUUGGAAGAUGUCAACCCUAAACUAUUGCGGCAUUUGGCCUUUGGAUCCAGGGCUGUUCUGAAUCCCAUGGCCGCUAUGUUUGGUGGCAUUGUUGGACAGGAGGUUGUCAAGGCAUGCUCUGGGAAAUUCCAUCCUCUCUUUCAGUUCUUUUACUUUGAUUCGUUGGAGUCACUCCCCAAGGAACCUCUUGAUGCAUCAGAGUUUAGACCACAAAAUAGGCGUUACGAUGCACAGAUCUCUGUAUUUGGGUCUACUCUUCAGAAGAAACUCGAGGAUGCCAGAGUUUUUGUUGUAGGGGCUGGUGCUCUUGGAUGUGAGUUCUUAAAGAAUUUGGCUUUGAUGGGUGUGUCUUGUGGCACUCAAGGGAAGCUUACUGUCACCGAUGAUGAUGUAAUUGAGAAGAGCAACCUGAGUCGUCAGUUUCUUUUUCGUGAUUGGAACAUAGGACAGGCUAAAUCCACAGUUGCCGCUACAGCAGCAGCAGGAAUAAAUUCUCGCUUCAACAUUGAUGCUCUGCAAAAUCGUGUUGGACCUGAGACUGAGAAUGUCUUUGACGACAGCUUCUGGGAGAAUUUGACAGUUGUUGUCAACGCGUUGGACAAUGUCACUGCAAGGCUGUAUGUCGAUUCAAGGUGUGUGUAUUUCCAGAAGCCUCUCCUCGAGUCAGGAACCCUAGGUGCAAAGUGCAACACACAGAUGGUUAUCCCUCAUCUCACUGAGAACUAUGGUGCCUCGAGAGACCCACCGGAGAAACAGGCUCCAAUGUGCACCGUGCACUCAUUUCCUCACAACAUUGACCAUUGCUUAACAUGGGCUCGCUCAGAAUUCGAGGGUCUACUUGAGAAAACACCAGCUGAAGUUAAUGCAUACCUCUCAAACCCUGUUGAAUACAUGAAUGCAAUGAGGACUGCUGGUGAUGCUCAAGCUAGAGAUACUUUGGGACGCGUUGUUGAGUGCCUCGACAAAGAAAAGUGCAAUAUAUUCCAGGAUUGCAUAACCUGGGCUCGUCUGAGGUUUGAGGAUUACUUUGUCAACCGUGUUAAGCAGUUGAUUUACACAUUUCCCGAGGAUGCUAAUACUAGUACUGGAGCUCCAUUCUGGUCUGCCCCAAAAAGAUUCCCUCGUCCACUCAAGUUCUCCUCAACCGACCUGAGCCACAUCAAUUUCAUCAUGGCUGGAGCUAUCUUGCGUGCAGAGACAUUUGGAAUCCCUACUCCUGAGUGGGCUAAAACCCCAACAGGACUAGCCGAGGCUGUGGAAAGAGUGAUAGUCCCCGACUUUGAGCCGAGGAAAGAUGCAAAGAUUGUGACAGAUGAGAAGGCUACAAGUUUGUCUACAGCUUCAGUCGAUGAUGCAGCAGUAAUCGAUGAACUAAUCUCUAAACUAGAGCAGUGCAGGCUGAGCUUGCAGCCAGAGUUCAGGAUGAAACCAAUCCAGUUUGAAAAGGACGACGAUACCAACUACCACAUGGAUAUGAUCGCUGGGCUAGCCAACAUGAGAGCAAGGAACUACAGCGUUCCCGAGGUGGACAAACUCAAAGCCAAAUUCAUCGCCGGAAGAAUCAUACCUGCAAUUGCAACAUCAACAGCUAUGGCAACUGGUUUUGUUUGCCUCGAGCUGUACAAGGUCUUAGACGGAUCACACAAAGUGGAAGACUACAGAAACACGUUUGCCAACUUAGCGCUCCCUCUCUUCUCCAUCGCUGAGCCGGUUCCACCAAAAGUAGUGAAACACCAAGACCAAAGCUGGACAGUUUGGGACCGAUGGGUCAUCAAAGGAAACCCAACACUAAAGGAGUUGCUAAAAUGGUUAGAAGAGAAAGGUCUAAACGCGUACAGCAUCUCGUGCGGAAGCUGUCUACUGUUCAACAGUAUGUUCCCGAGGCAUAAAGAGAGGAUGGAUAAAAAAGUGGUCGAUCUUGCAAGAGAAGUGGCUAAAGUUGAAUUGCCUGCUUAUCGACGUCACUUGGAUGUUGUGGUGGCUUGUGAAGACGACGAUGACAAUGACGUUGAUAUUCCUCUCGUAUCAGUCUACUAUGCCUGA